AUGUCUGGUUUCGAAAUAGUAGGACUUGUAAUUGGCGUAAUACCUUUUGUCGUUAAGGGCUUAAAGUUUUACGAGAACGAUGCACAGGUGUUGUUACAUCAUAAAAUUGCCAUGAACGAUCUUAUCGUGUCGCUACAUGCCGAACAUUCAAGGUUCAGACACUCCUGUAGUGUGUUAUUAAGAGGUCUAGUUGAAGACAAGGACCUGGAAGAUUUCUUAGACAAGACUACUAAGGAAGAAUGGGAAAGGGCAUUGAAUCAAGGUCUCGAGAGGAGACUGAGAAACAGACUCGGUCAUAGUUAUCAUGCAUAUACGGAGACGAUGAAACAGAUCCAGGAGAAGCUGGAAAAGCUGGGGAAGGUAGUUGGCAUGGGUAAACAGCAGCAAUGGUACGAGAAGACGGAAUACGAGAACCAGAAGACAUGGCAUAAGAUUAAGAAGUGUAUAAAACACAGCAAACACAAGCAACUACUCGAAGAUAUCGAAAAAUACAACACGAAGUUGGAGCAGAUGACCCCAGGAAUAUCGUUACUGGCACACACAACACCUUUUCAGUCGAAGAAGGCAGACCCAAGCUACUGGGUCUCUAUUAGGCGGGCGGCCAUGAGUUUACAUAGCGCUCUUUGCUCCGGAUGGCUUUGCUGCUGUGUCAACUCUCACACCACUUAUUUCCAGCUCGAAGAUCGAGUAGUUACAAGAAAAGGACCUCAUAGAUUCAACUUGUCUUUCAAGAUGCCUCAAACGGAUGAUAGCAUUCAGUCGGUUAGUAACACUUAUUGGCAGAAUGCGGAGUUUGAAGCACUUGCAGAUGGUGAUCUGUCAGCAAGUCUAACUCGAUCUCCAGGUGGUGUUGCAUUCGCCACAGGAGGUACAAACGCUGUGAACAGUAUUAAAGUGGAAACACAAAUCAAGGGUCUUUGCAAAGAGCUCAAGCAACUUUCAUGUCGACCCGUAGCCCGCUGCAUUGGGUUUAUACUUCAGGAAGAGUACAAACAUUAUAUCCACCUGCCGAAGCAUCCUGUCGCUUUGGAACAACCCAGGAAUACAAUCAGUCUUCACAAUUUACUCUCAAACAAGGGUACACUCAGCACGAAUUAUACCUUUGGCAACGAGGUUGCUGACAGAUACGAGCUGGCCCUCCUACUAGCUUCUUCUCUUCUUCAACUACAUGCAACUUCAUGGCUCGGAGAUUGGUGGUCCACUGAGGAUAUACAUAUCCUACCAAAGAACUCAAAAAUGGCCUUUAAAGAAUGCACAUUUGUCAUGCAGGCCUUUCCCUCAUCCGCAAUAACUAGAAGAUCACAGCCUAAGGCAACAACUACUCGCCAGAUGGUCAUUCGAAACGAAGCAAUAUUCCGACUCGGAGCUACAUUGGUGGAACUAUCCACUGUAGCAACACUUGAGACACAAGAGGAUGCUGACGACCAUAGAGUUUCCGAGGACCUAACUGAGUUCAAUACAGCGGAAAGACUGUCGAAAGCUGUCAUACUUAACAAUGCACCCGAGUGGAAUGCAGUGGUUGAUCGAUGUUUGCGUUGUGGCUUCCACUCACCCCCAGAUUUUACAAAAAAGGACUUCAGGAUAGAGUUCUAUCAAUGCGUUGUAGCACCAUUAGAGAAGUUAUACAGUGACUCAAAGAUUAGCUAA